AUAGAGUUUCAAAAGAUUUUUGUUCUUGUAAAGAACUAAAAAUGGCCAUUUGUGAAAUUGGAAGCAUUAGUAGGUGAUAAUUACUGGAAUCAAAACCUAGUUCAAUCAAAACAUCUUAUAGUUCAAAUUGCAUUACUGGAUUUGUAGCAGAUUCAGAGCCCAGUGGGGCUACCCAACUCCCUGGGGUCAAGCAGAUGAUGAUGGUGAGGACAAUGAUGAUAAAAAGUAGCAAAUGUCACAAGAGCAAUAAACAAAACCUCUUCCAAGCAGUGCAGAUUUCCCACCAUUAUGUUAUUUUAUCCACUUUGCUUCAACCAAUCACCAGCAACUAUCAUUUAGGAAAUCUUUGUCCUAUUAAUUUGCUCAUACCCAUCUGAAUGCGCUAUUAAUCAUGGGAAACACGUCUGAUCACAAAAAUGGGGGACUUAUACACACAUACAUACACAUACAUUACAAUAAGAAAUGUAAUUUGUUGCCCCCCCAAAUAAACCAAAUGCCCACCCAAGCAUGACAUCCUGGCAACGCCUCUGGUCGGUUGUCUUCGUGUCCACUGUUCCACGGUUAUAAUAACUGGCAAACAUGUCGGACUCAUUGGCAGAAAGCAUCAGCAGAGCAGUUCUGGUGGCUAUUCAAAACUUCUCUGCAGGGACGACAGCGACAGCAAACCCCACAGGGCUACCACAGGCCAGCUUGGCUUCCACCAGUGACAGUUACACACCUGGGCCAGCCACACCCACCACCUCCACUGCAACAUCACACCACUCGGGCCCCAGCACCGGUGCUACCAUACCUUCAGCAACAGGCCUUGCCCCAAUGACCUGUGUCUCGAAUGACUUCCAACAAAGACAUCAGAUUUCCCAAGAGGAGCUUGAAAAUAUUCUUUCACUAAGAACAACCUUCACAGAAGCAGCAUCUAUUCUUUCAAUCUCAAGGCCAACUUUCUACAAGUUACUGCAAGACUUUAAUAUCCCGACUUCAAAAUUUAAUAACAUCACUGAUCAACAACUGGAUCUUGAAGUGUCACAAAUAAGAACGGAACACCCAAAUGUUGAAGUAAUGCUUAUGGGGCAUCUUCGCUCUAAAAACAUUGUGGUACAAAGACACCGUCUAAGAGAUUCAUUGCGAAGGAUAGACCCAAUUGGUGUCCUGGACAGGAGAAGACCAGCAAUAGCUCGCCGAGUAUACUCUGUCCCACAUCCAAAUUUCAUAUGGCAUGUGGAUGGAAAUCAUAAGUUGAUUAGGUGGAAAUUGGUUGUUCAUGGUGCCAUAGACGGCUACAGUAGGAUGUUGAUAUUUCUUCGCUGCUCCAACAAUAACCGUUCUGAAACUGUGAAAGAGCUCUUUCAUGCAGCUGUUGGACAGUUUGGCAGACCACUACACAUCAGGACUGAUCACGGAGUAGAGAACAUUAAGAUUUGGGAGGACAUGCAUGCGAGCAGGGGUGAAGGCUCUGUCUUAACAGGAAACUCUGUACACAACCAGCAGAUAGAGCGUUUUAACCAAGAUUUGAACAAAAACUGCAGCCAGAUUUAUGCACCCAUUUUUUAUGAACUGGAAUCCCUGGGUAUCCUAGACAUAGACAAUGCAACAGACCUAUUUUGUCUCCAUUAUGUCUAUGUACCCAGAAUCAACCGCACUUUAGAUGAAUUCAGAGCUGGGUAUAACAAUCACUCAGUGUCAUCUGAAGGAAAUAGAACACCAGUACAGCUUUUUACUCUGGAAAGUGAUUUGCAGUAUCUUCAAAACACAGAACUUCCAGCAGCAGGGGUAGUUUUUUGUUCCCCACCUCCAAACUCUCAAAGAGGAUUUUCCCCACUGAAUGACAGGGAUUUGCAAGAACUGAGUGCUGCUAUUAACCCUCUUGAAAAUGACAACAACAGUGGCAAAACAUUGUUUCAGAGAGCCCAACAGUUUAUUUUUGAUAAACUUGUAAAUGUGUGAUCUCAAACUGGACAACCACUAAAUGAGUUUUUUAUGUGUAGCAUGAUAAAGAAUGUAAUGCGAGAA